GUUACAUCUCCCACGCAGAGCUCAGACUAACAUAAGGCAGAACUGGAUCGAUACAUUCUCGGCGGCGGAUAGGAUGCCUCAGUGUGUGCGAGUCCCCGCUCCACCAUCACGGGUCCAUGACACUUGUGUGUCCAUCUCGGACGUGUAUGCACAUUUUCAAGAGCGGUUGAAGAUUGCCCUCUGGAUGAUCCACUAGUGUUGGCUUUCUGCCCACGGCCAAUGCGUGCUGAAGAACUGGAGGAGAUCCCGAUCCUCAAAUCGAGCUCAAGUUGCUCUAGGUUUUCUUGCCAGGCUGCUCGAGGAUGGAGGACAGAGUCCGAGAGAAGGAAGGUAAAGAUGCCAAUUGUGCGCUUUGCUUCAUUUCUCACAUAUUCGCGGCCAACGCCCGAAGGGCCGCAGGUCAUGUCUAUCUUGCCCAACGAAAUGGACAGACGGCGAUGAGCCGGCCUCCUCGAUUUCCUGCUUCUGCCGUGCCGCAGAAGGAAAUCGGAACGCGCUGGCGAUUGCAGCUUUGCUUCAUUUCUCUCGUAUUCGAGGCCCACGCCCGAUGGGCGACAGUUCAUGUCCGUCCUGCCGGCAGACGUCGACGAGACAGUCACCAGCCGGCCACCCCGAAUCCCUCCCCCGCCCGUGCCCCUACCGACAUCAGCUCCCCCAUCUCCUAAAGUCCUCCCUCUUCCCGAUGGAGCGGUUGUGGCGGCAGUUGGCGAUAUGGAACCGGCUCCUCCCUCUCUUCCCAGCCUGCCCCCCUGUCCGAAGAGGAAGAAGCGGAAGAGAAACGAAGAGGAGGAGGAAGAAGAAGAGUCUUUUUGGGGGCAAGAGCCCUCAGAGCAGCCUGCUGAAAAGCAGACAGAGAUGAAACCCUCUAUAAAAACUAGCAAGAAGUUGGUCUCUCCGGCCAAGGAGGCUCAGUCCUCUAAAACUAGCACGGCAUUGCUGCCCGUGGUGAAUGAGGUGGAACCCUCACUAAAAACUACAAUCCGGCCGGAGAUUGUUGCCCAGUCUUCGGUUAAGGCCAAACUAGAGCGUAUUUAUGCGCUCGCAAAUGCACAAAAACGCCACAAAAGGUCUAAAACACCAAGAAACAAGAAACAAACAAAGAAACCUUGGAAAGAAGGGAUUGGGGGUGGGGAGGGUGGCGGGGAUUUGUGAAGGGAGAACAAGGAGAAAAAAAGUCAGUACAUGUGGGUUUACAGGUUGUUGCUCGAAAACUUGGCGCACAUUACACUGCUGAGCCAUAUCCCCUGGGGCUUGUAGCCAGUUCAGUACCUAAGUACUAUUGAGUAUCAAAAAUGAUUGGGCGGCCAUCAUGGAGGAGCACUUCUGGGUGGUGAUUGAGCAUGCUCACUGGCAAACAGCUACACCUGCGUGUGAGGGAGGGACCGAACGCUUAUUUCUCUUUGCUAAGCAGACACUAUCAGGAGUACCAGUCCAAUUAUUAUGAAUUUGUUGGCCAUA